AUGGAAGGUGGUUAUCCGAAUAGAAGUUCUACGAUGAUGACUCGUCGGAAAACGCUUAGCAGGCCUGAUAGAUAUCAAGCGGCCGCUCCUAUGUUACCCGGAAAUGAAGGGUCAAGUUUUGAUCCUUGGGUAUUUUUUUCUAAACUUGUCACAUUUUGGGCACCUGGUCCUGUUUUAUCUUCCAUUGGCCUUCACGAUGCACAAUCAAAACAAGCUUGGCGUGAAAAAAUAGCUUUAUGUUUUAUUGCGGUUCUUAUGGGUGGUACUGUUGCUUUCUUAACUGUUGGUUUCACUGUCGUAUUAUGUCCUCCUUCGCAAGCAAGUAACCCUAAUAUGUUUAAACAUUAUGGUGAUUCACCUGGUUUCCUUGGUAUUCAAGGAUGGCAAUUUGAUGUAGAAAAGGCUCCUACAGUCAAUAACUUUGAUUUUAAAACCAGAUCCUUAUUAAAUAACAGUGAAGAUAUCACAAAUAGUUUUAAACGCAGAAAUGAAGAUAUUCCUGCAUGUCAAAUUCCAGAAAUACAAAAAUAUAAAGCCGUUAAACAACAAUUAUGUGAACCAGCCUCAACAUGUCCCCUUGAAUCUAUUUCAGAAACCAUUUUUACUAAAUAUCAAAUUACUAACAGUUCAAAAAAAGUUGGUUAUGAUUGGGGUGAUGUUGGUAAUUUGACUAAUUAUUUGGUCAUAGAUGGUGCUGUUCUUAAUCUUGAUCCUUACAUCUCAAACAAUCAAGUCCCAAUUGAAGGAGAUCAAGUAGAUCAAAUAAUCCGUACAGUUUUAAACACGAACCAUACUAAAGGUGGAAAAGAUGCCACACGUUUAUUCUUUGGUAGAUCAGAAUUAAAAGCUUCUGUGAAUUGUCUUGUUGCUAAAUAUUACGCCGGAAAUAUUGAUAAACAGACAAUUGGUUGUUUCACUUCCCAACUUUUCUUAUACGUUUCUCUUACCGUUAUCUUGAGUAUUGUCAUGGUUCGUUUCUUCAUGGCUUGUGUAUUCGAUUGGUUUAUCUCUCAUCGUCUCGCCCUUAAACCAAAGAAUAAAAAAAUGCCUCCCAUGUCUUCCGCAAGUUUCGUAAGUGCAGGUGGUAAACCAUGGGCUCCAGGAAGUGGUAGUACUAUCAUAAAAGGAAUGAGUAUGGAUGAUGUUGGUAACGACUUAUUUACCGUGUUGCUCGUCACUUGUUACUCUGAAGAUGAAGAAGGUAUAAGAUGUACUUGUGAAUCUAUGGCUGCUACGGACUAUCCUGAUGAUCGUAAAUUGUUGUUCCUUAUUUGUGACGGUAUUAUCAUGGGAAGUGGUAACGAUAAAAGUACUCCCGAUGUUUGUGUUGAUCUUAUGGAAAUUUCACCUGAAAACAGAGAUCCUCAACCUCAAAGCUAUGUUGCUGUAGCUUCUGGAACAAAACAACAUAAUAUGGCUAAAGUAUACGCUGGUUUCUUCCCAUACAAUGAUCGUAAAGUACCUAUGGUAACUGUUGUCAAAUGUGGUGCCCCCGAAGAACAAGGCAAACCAAAACCAGGAAACAGGGGAAAACGUGAUUCCCAAUUAAUUUUAAUGAACUUCUUCAGCCGUGUCGUUUACAACGAUCGUAUGUGUGCUUUGGAUUAUGAUUUGUUUAGAAAAAUUCAUAAAUUAAUGGGAGUUACUCCUGACUAUUUCGAAAUCGUACUUAUGGUGGAUGCCGAUACAAAAGUUUAUCCCAACUCUUUAAGAAUUCUAAUUAAUUGUAUGUGCAACGAUCCUCUUAUUAUGGGUCUUUGCGGUGAAACUAAAAUUGCUAACAAACGUGAUUCAUGGGUUACCGCCAUUCAAGUCUUUGAAUAUUAUAUUUCUCAUCAUUUGGGUAAAGGUUUUGAAUCAGUAUUUGGUGGUGUUACUUGUUUACCCGGUUGUUUCUGCAUGUACCGUCUCAAAGCUAGAAAAGGUGAUGAUGAUUGGGUUCCAAUUGUUACAAAACCUGAAGUUUGUCGUGAAUACUCUCAAAAUACGGUCGAUACACUUCAUCAAAAGAACUUAUUACUUCUUGGUGAAGAUCGUUUCUUAACCACCCUUAUGUUACGUAACUUCCCACACCGUAAAAUGAUGUUCUGUCCAAAAGCUGUUUGUAAAACUGUUGUACCUGAUGGUUUCUUCGUUUUACUUUCUCAACGUCGUCGCUGGAUUAAUUCAACUAUUCACAACCUUAUGGAACUUGUACUUGUUAGAAAUCUUUGUGGAACAUUCUGUUUCUCUAUGCAAUUUGUCGUGUUUAUGGAAUUGAUUGGUACUGUUGUACUUCCCGUUGCUAUUAUAUUGACAUACACAUUAAUCGCAGGAUUAAUUAUGAAACCACCUCAAAACUUUACGGAAGCCAUUCCACUUUUGAUGUUGCUUAUGGUUCUUGGAUUACCUGCUAUAUUAAUUUUAAUUACUACUAGAAAAUUAAUUUAUGUCGCAUGGAUGUGUGUAUAUCUUUUGGCUUUACCAGUAUGGAACUUUAUUUUACCAACUUAUGCUUACUGGCAUUUUGAUGAUUUCUCAUGGGGAGAAACCAGAAAAGUUGAAGGAGAAUCUAAAGGAGAUGAUCAUGGUAAAAAAGAAGGUACAUUUGAUGCAUCAAAAGUUCCGACAAAACGAUGGGAAGAUUGGGAACGAACUAGACUUAGAAGAAUUAAACGUCAAGAACGUCAACGAGCACAAAAUGGAGGUAAUGGUCCUACACAUUUAAACCAUCAAGUGAUGGCAGGUGACGAUCAAAAUAAUGCGUUACUAAAAUCUGAAUAUUAUGAUACCGCUUCAGUACAUUCUCAAACAUCAGGAGAUCUUGGACCACAACAACAAUACUAUGAUUAUUCAUCAAACACUACUGCGUAUCCACCACAGAAUUAUAAUCAACAAUAUGAAAGUGAACAGUAUGAAAAUGUACAAUUUGGAAAUUCACAAUUUGGAAAUACACAUGAACUAGAACGAGCACCAUCACCAAGACCAGACAAAUCAAUAUUUUCAAUAGCAUAA